AUGAGCACACCAAUGGAAAUUGAUCAACCCUCUGGCUCUAAAUCAAGCGGGAAAGCAAAAGAUACUGGAAGGAAACGUUUUGAAGUAAAGAAGUGGAAUGCAGUUGCAUUGUGGGCAUGGGGUAAAUAUUUUGUUACUUAUUAUAUUUUAUAUAAUCGUAUAGAAUGUCAAGCAAAUCAAGCAUCUGCAACCAGUGAAGAAUGUACGGUAGCUUGGGGGAUUUGUAAUCAUGCGUUUCAUUUCCACUGUAUCUCUCGUUGGUUAAAGACUCGUCAAGUGUGCCCUCUAGAUAACAGAGAGUGGGAAUUCCAGAAAUAUGGUCGAUAA